AUGUCUUUAAAUGCCUUGAAUCAUUCUAUUUAUCCUAAACUUAGGCUUCGAAGAGAAAAAAAUCAUGGUAAUAUACUUUCAAGCAUUCGAACUGUGAUCUAGGAUAAUUAACUUCUCAAAGGGUGGAUUAUUGGAUGCAGAAUGUUAGCACUACCGUCAUUUCAGGCAUAGAUGCUGAGAUUCUGGGCAAUUGCUUACAAAAACGAAGGUAGUGGUACUUUGUCGACUUGAGAUUUUUUGCUCCUAUGUCAAUCAAACAGCCGCAUAUUUAGUCUGUCUUGGCAUCUCCAAUAACGGGAAUAGCGGAUUUUCUAUAAGAUUCCUGACGCAAUUGUGUUUAAAAGGUCGUAUUUUUAUUUAGGGAAUGAUAGAGACCGGCCAUGUGGUCAUAUCUGUUGAUUCCUAUUGGGAUUAUUAUUUCUUCGAAGAUCUCUAAAUAGACUGGUUUACUUUUGCAUUAUUCCUAAAUGGUGGAAUUCUUCUUGGCUUGUUGGUCUGUGAAAGUUUGACUAUUUUUAAUUUCGCGUUGAUGGUUUUCUCUCUUUUUCACUAACUUAAAUUAUUUUCCAUUUUGGUAGGCUCUUGGGAGAACUUGGUUCAAAAGUGACAGAAGGAUCACUUGUAUUGAUGCCAGUCCUACUGUCACUCUUAAAGCAUGAAGCUGCAAUUGUCGUUAGACAAUCUAUUGUUUGUGGAACGAGAUUCUUUUGCACUGUUUUGGAAGAGAUAGCUCAACAGGUCGUUUUUGUAAAACAGUUAUUCAAGAUCUGUACUUGUAAUCUAACUCUGUGUUUUACAGUUGAAGCUUCAGUUGUUUCGACACCUAUUUAUAACAUCUUCUUAUGCUAUGCAAAUAUGGCUUGCUUCACAAUAUGUAAUGAUAUUUAUAUUUGAACUUUAUAUAAUACCAGUAAAUGAUGUUUCAGACGUAUCUGACAUCAAAGACAACAAACGAAACGGUUUCUUUUUUCAGAGGGAAAAGGAUGUUGAAUGGUCUCUCUACUCUUAAUUAUAAGUUUAACAGAUGAUUGCAAGUGAGAAGCAGGUUGCAUAUAAGGAGCCAUUCCACCAUAAUGAGCAAGUUGUAGAAAGGCAAAACACAUUUUAAAGGCGAAAGUACCUCAUAUCAUAACUAGGAGUGCUGGUCAAAAGUAAUUUCAAAAUGUUGAGCACUUCUCAUUGAUGGCAGACUGAAUGCCUGUCAAUUUUUAUUUCAGAUAAUAAAUUUUUAAGACCACUAAAAUUUUAGUUUAUUGAUUUUAACAGGAAACCACAUCCCAAUUGUUCUUUGCACAGAUUUCAUUUUACCUUUUCUGAAUGGUUUGCGUUCUUAUGAACUUAAUCUACGUAGUUUUGUAUGUAGCUCUGGCUCUCAUCGCUGGAAAAACUGCAAUCAUGGAACAAAGAUUUUUGGGAGAUUGGCAUUUAGGUGUCGUUUGCAUGUGUUCAUAGUUUGUGGACAAAUUUUGCUGAUUUUUCGGGGAUAAAUUAGAAAGGACUCUUCUGAAUAUUCUUGUCUAUAUGGUGCGCAUAUAUUCUGACGUUUCUCCAACAGGCUAAAGUUGUUUAGAAGUAUCUGAAUUGGAGUGUAUUGAACAUCUUUUCUUAAUGACUAUCUAGUGAAAAGGAAGAAGUUUGUAUUAUUAUUUUGUAUGUCAUUACGUACUUUUCUUUAGUAUGUGCAGUAUAUUUUGAUAAGCACAUGCAGACUUAAUUGAAAGGCUAAAUACUAUCCUAAAAGCGGUGUAAAAUAUUUUCAUUUGCUGUAAAAAUGAGGUACAAGUGUAAAGGCUAUACUGAUUUAUUUCUAAAAAAUAUUACGAUUUCUGGUCAAAUGCAUCCCUCUGGCCACAGUGAUGUUCAUUCGUGUGUAUCUGGUUUGUGUGAUGUUCUUUAUGUUGACAUGUCUUUUUUUCUAGGAUUCUUAAUUGAUGUUGCAAUUUAUCUAUACCAUUGUGGCAAAGAUGUCUAUCAUAUGGGAGUAAAGUAAGACUUUGUUGAAGUAUUUGAAGCCAGGCUUUUGUUUCUCUGUGCAAGCAGAAAAGUUAAGUUCGAGAGUUAUCCUAUAAUCUGAUGGCUUCCAAUCAAAUUUCUACAGGGUGAGUAUUGUAGUAGAUGAUUAGUGGGUGCCUAUUCAGUUAUGGAACAAAUGACGAAAUCCUGUAUGGUGGAGCUUAGGAUGUAUGGAUUUCUCAUAAACAGGGGACUGUAUUUUCAGUUUGCCUAGCCCAUUUUGAGAGGAACAAAUGUGUAUCAUUAUCUGCGAAAGUUCCUUGGUAAUAAGAAAGGCAAUUAAUUUAGUUUCUUAGAGAACUCUGGUCUCCUAUUUUGACCAAUACCAGAUGGGUGCAUGACCUAGAUAUGUAGGUGUAGGACCUUGAUAAUGUGUAAGCUUAUGGGUUCCAGGCUCGUGCUUACUUUUUUAUAAUUUAAUGUCGUCAUAGCGCUAGCUUCUUCAAAAAAAAUUCUCCUUGACAGUGGCCUCUGUUAUAAUUUUUCCUGUUUUUUGAAACGUGGAUGCUCAAAAUUUACUGCUAGUUGAAAGGCAAUAAAUUUUACCCUAAAAUCAUUGAGAAUGCUUCUAUUCUAUCCUCAGAAAUUCAUCCAUUCUUGCUGCUGUACUGGAUGACUGAGAUCUAGUGCCAUACAACUGGGAAAAUAUGUGUCAUUUGUACAAUGUUGCUCCAGUUUUGUACGCUGCAUUCCAGCCAUAUGCACAAAUGUGCAGAAGUUCACUCAUUCUUGUUCCUGCUGAAGAUGUCAAAGUUAAAUUUGUUGAAAUAUAUGGAUAUCCUCGAUUUUUAAUACUUAUGGCCUGAGGUUGGUUUUUGAGGAUAGAUUUUGUGUAAGAUUUAAAUGACAUUUUGAAACACCACAGGUUAUCUUGAAUUUUACUCAAUUGCAUGCCAUUUCCUUAAGUUCCAACAAUUCCAUCAGUAGAGACAGUUGGAGAAUGGUUCUUUACGCUAAUCCACGUUGCAUAUGAGCUUCCUUUUGUUUCUUCUUUUUUUCUUUUGUAGACAGUGGGUUUCUGGGUCCUUUUUUAGGGGUGUAAAAAAAAGUAUUUAAUUGCAGACUGACGAAGUGAGGGCUUUUAUUUGUAAAAAGUAUUUAAGUUUUUUUCAAAACUCUGCUCCUGAGUUCCCAGUCCUUUCUAGUUCACUUAAAGUUCUGAUGCUCUCUUCUAUUUUUUCUUCCCUUUCACUUGUUUGCCGUUCCUGAUGGACUCCAAUUCUACCUAUCGUUUAUGUUAUUUUUUACUUCUUUAUUCUAAUGCCUUUCGUGAAGUGUACCAACCAGUCGUUAGUUACUAUUCUCAUAUGUAAUCUUUCAUGGGACAAGUUUUAAUGAGGGGCACUUUACAGUGCCAGUGAUCUCUUUAUUUACUGCUAAGUGUGCCUCGCUCUUUAACCUCAGGCUCUAAUAAUCUUCAACAUGUUGGUUUUGUACAAUUUCUUUCAACCUUUUUGGGGAAAAACCAACUUCCUAAUAAUUUAGGUACUCCCUUUCGGCAAGAUUCCUUCAUAAUAUGUUUGCUAUUAUGAAAAUUCUUAUCCAUGGAUCAUUAAAGCAUGGUCUAUUCUACAUCAGUCAUAUAUCUGAAGAAAUCCUAUAGUACUGAAGAAUAUUUAUCUACUUGGCGAAAAUGAUAGAUUUAUCUACUUCUCUAGAACCACUCUCGGGCAUGGUCGGACAGGAAGGUUGCAAAUCUAUCCACUGAUACAUCUCAUCUGUAAGAGAUGCUGGCUGUUUUGCUCCACAUAAUUUGCUCUUAAGCUUGUGCAAAUCAUCCACAACCAUCAUCUUUGGAAUAGUAGCCAAGGAUAGAGACCUGAUGGGCAGAGUUGACCACACUGCAUUGUGGAUUGCCACGUGGAUCCAGUGGGUAAACAAAUUGGAACAUCUGAAAAGUAUACUCUUGUGAGUAAUUGGUUAAGUACAAAGUUUGGAACUCAGCGGUGCUAUUCAAUUUCUCUCUCUCCAUCUCUAUUGUCCGUGCCUAGGCUAAUUUUUUUUCUUUUUCAAUCCAGACACCUUUUCAAGUGGCGCUAACAUUUAUCUAAUGAUUAGUGGUCCCCUCACCAUUUCUGUGGCAAAACAAUUGCUAUUAUUACAUAUCAUAUUUCACUUGCAUGCCUCACAUGUGUAGUUCUGGUCUUUGAAUAUGCUUUAUGGUACUUGUUUUUCUACGUGUAGCAUUACUGACACAAAUAGAGAGGACUGAUCGGAUCUCCUUGCAGAAAUUGUUACCCUCCAUAGAAAGAACCAAUCCUUCAGUCAGGACCUAGAAUUUAGAUUAGGGAAUUCGAGCUCUGAUCUGCACCACCGACCUAGCCUACCCUGCUCCUCCAAUUGUCUGGGAAUUAUUGCUCUAGGUGCCCUUUCCAAAAGGUUUUGUAGCAUUCAGUUUGAUACCAUUCCUUUCUGUAACGUACUGCAUGGCAUACAUGUGAAGCUCUUCGUAUGUGACGCCCUUUAAUAACAUAGAUGUUUUGGUUCACUAAUUUAUCAAUCAUGUCCUCCAUCAUGGAUCAUGAAAUUUGGAUUAUAUUGUUUGCUAUGUUGUUCUACCUGAAUCUACAAGGUGUCUUCACCGUUUGUCUCUGGCAAUAAGCGCAAAAUAGAACUUGUUUAGUCUCCUUGUAUGUUCUUUUCAUCCAUGAAGAUGACUGGUGAGCUCCCCGAAAUGCUAUCAUGAAAUGACAGGGAAUACAUAUGAACUUGGCGCUUUAUCACUGGAAUUGCAAACUGCCAUUUUGAUUUCCUUGGUUAUAACCCUUCAAGAAAUCUUGGAAAAUGUUUUUGUUUUAAAAUCUAGCAUUUUUCUGUCCUCUGAGCAUUACUUAACGUAGUACUCAGCAUGGUUCUUGAGAUCCCUGUCACCUAAAAUGGCUUCAUCAUUUGUAAAUGUCUGUUUGUCAGAACUUCAACAUUCAGGGACUUGUAAAAGCCUGUUGAAUCUGUACUCCACCACCCUCUUCUCCCUUGGUUGCUGCGUGCAAGAAAGUUCCAUUUUUAAAUGCUUUUAAGAGCAUUUACCUUGGGAUUCUUUCUUCGGUAUUGUUGUUCCUCCUCUAUGGUACCUUAACUUUUCUCAUGAUCACUUCCCUUAAUUUGCUCUUGGAGCUUGUUGACAUAAUCAGGAGGACCUUUUUUGGCAUUCUAAAGUUCUCUUCAGUUUGCUUGCAAGUAUUGUAGCCAUUAGCGAUCAUCCCAAAUUACUUCCUUCCGCAAGGCUGCCCUCAAAACUAUCCCUUCGCUGUGUACUAGUACUGGUCCAAUUUCAAUCAGUAUGGUUGUCUGAAAAACUGGUAGCGAGUUCGAUAACCCCCCUUUAUCCUCGCCAUACUAGGGAUAAUUUUUUCUGUAGAAUAUUCGAUAAGCUUAAGCUUCAAGCCAGCCAUUGAGAUCUGUAUCCUGUUAUUUGAUUAUUUGAGUUCAUAUGCUCUCUUUUUCUUCCUGCUUUCCGUCAUCAUUUUUUUCUUCUCACGUCAAUCUCUUCCUGAUUCUCCAAUUGCUUCUGUCUUAUUUCUAUCUCCAGCUUUCCAUGCCCAUGUGCAUUCAUGUAUUUUAUAUUGAGAACUGGGUAAUCUGUAUGCCCUGUUAGAACCCGAUGAUUGCCUGAAUUCCAUAGUGAAAUUAUUAUAGUUCUUAAAAGGAACCUUUCUGGUGGAAUAUUUGUUUUUCAAUGGUGUUGGUUAUUAUCUGUAUCUCAUGGAUAAAAAAUCUAAGCUCAUUAGUAAAUUCGAUUCUCAUGCUCUAAUAUCUUAUCUAUAGUUUACAUUAUACUUCAAAUCUUUAAAUCUUUUACCUUUGAUUUGACAUGUGUUAACACAGUUUUAGUUCGAAGGUGCUAUGAUAGGCGUGAUACGUGUGAUUCCUUUUCUAUCACUAGUAGAUAUAAUUCAGGAUGAAGUAUAGAGUUUUUUAUCCUAAAAUUUUAUUAGUUUGAAUUUUAUCUUGUUACUGGGCAUUGAAUGUGGCAGUGAUUGUAUGAGGAUUCUGUUAUUGUCCUUCCUUUAUGAUUAUGAUUUUCGUGCAAAAAAAUGGUAUACCAUGAAACCAGUUCAGCUGAACAUUCACAAAUUGCCAGAGAGUGAUCCCCGUUAUCAACUUUUAUUCCUUUUCAUAUAAAAUUUUGAAGAGGUACUAAAGAUGCAUGGGCUUACGCUAUUACCAAAUAACUGAGUAAUUCGUUCUUACUAGCUUAUAGGAGACAUAAGUUAUCAAUUUGUUCACUUCGCAUAUCGGAGGUGACGGUUGUACUUGAUUAUUUGAACUUUUAUCCUUUUCCCAAACUUUCUGAAUUAUCUUCUUAUUCUUUAUGCACGUGUGGAAACGUGAGGAAUUUAAUAACUCAUUUAACUGUGAGACUGUUGAGACUAUUCUGACAUUGUUAUUUGGAAAUUGGAAAUGGCAUGAUAUUCAGCCUUAUUUUCUUUCUUCCCUGCUAUUUUGUUUGGAUUUUUUAAUUACUAUUCCUAAUCGUGGAAAGUUUCGGUUUUGGUUUUAUAUUUUAUUUAUCAUAAAUGUUUUAAUUUCAAAACCCGUUUAUUUCUAGUCUGUUAAUGAAAUAUCUUUUGAAUAAUUUUUCAGCUUCAGUUUAUUGGUGAGGUUGGAAGAUGGUUGGAGGACAUGUGGGUAUGGAUGGUUAAGUUCAAGGAUGCAGUAUAUAGCCUUGCAUCAGAGGUAGGAUUUGGUUUUGGAAGAAACAAAGCAUAAUAGCAUAAUAGUCAUUUGGUUUCGUGUACUGGUCGGUGGUUCCAUGACGGUUCAAUAUUUUUUUUAUUGCUUGAAAUUUUGAUUGACUUAGCAUUACCAAAAAAAUCGUUUCCAUGGUUUAUGUGAUUCAUUUUUGUUACUGACAUGCUGAACGUUGCAGCCUGGUCCGGCUUCAGUAAGGGCGCUGGCUGUAAAAUUUCUGGAAGUGUAUGUUUUGCUAUUUACAUCUAAUGCUAGUGGUCAUGAAGGAGCUCUCACAGAAGGUAUUGAACUGGAAUAUUAACCAGAUUACUUGUUUCUUGAAGAGUUUCCGCAUUUUAAUUUUUGAAAUGGUUGGAGAACUGGAAGCUUAAAAUGAAACUAAUUUAUUUGUCAUGUUGGUGAUGUUUGAACCAGAAAAAGCGAGGGGCUUUGACGUUUCAAAAUUAGUUGGACUUCAUCCAAUCUUUGAACGAUCCUUACUUUCCUUUGAAGUGAACAAAUGUCUUGGGCUUCUGCUUAAUCUUUUGCUGUCUGCAAGCACUGCUCCCGUCUCAUUGACGAUUGUUGUCAUAAGCUGGUUAGUUUUGAAAUCUUGAUAGUUUUCUUCUCAUGAUGAUAAUUGAUUUUAUUGUAGUAUUUAAUAAGAUUUUAUAUUUGAACAUGAGUUAACCUGGAAUUCUUCAUGCGUGGGCCAGGACAGAUUGGCUAUAUAAGUUUAUAUUAAAAUUUGAAUUUUCAUAAAUAGAAAUUGGUCUUUCCCUCGUGUACAUUGAGAAGCAUUGCAUGGUUGAUUGAAUAGUUGGGUACAAUUUAUCCCCACUAUUGUGACCACGAAAUAUUUAUGAUAAAUCUGGACACCCAUGCUUAAGUUUGGAAAAGCCUUUAAUAGCUCUUGAGCAUGUCUUACAGUGCCUUUAUUUUGAUGCUUCACAUGGAAGCCUACUAACUUCUCGAAGUCGUAUCAAUCUCCCUGAUACAUCUGGGAAUAGUCAGUAUCCAAGCUUUAUCGUUUAGAUUUGUGUUCUACAAUGUACCUGUAUGCUGAGGUUUUUUUUGGAUAUCAUUACAAAAUCACUCGUUAUAUGAAUCCAAUUCCGAUAGCUGGCUUGGAUUGAAGUGAACCAGAUCAAGUUGAAUGUCCGAGGACUCGUUGCUGGUUGCAUUUGUGGUGAAAUGGCAUGAGUUAUUCCGCUCCUAACUCCUCCCCCCUGCUGAAAAACAAAAGAUGGAGAAGAAAAAGGACGCAUUUUUAAUCUGUAUAUCUCUUCAUGUUUAAAGCACUACUGGCAUGUCCAAGUGUUGUGGGUGGUGGACCUGGAUGAAUCAUUUCUCUGACUGUGAUAAUCAAGCCGUUUGAAUGAUAUCUGAAAGGAAAAGAGAAAACUGUGGUAAUUUUAUUUCGUUUAGUUAAUAAUUUGGAUUGUUCUGGAAUAAACAAGUUAAAUGUGAUAGUAUUUGUUGUUGAUGUCCUAAAAUCGUUGGAACAUAUUAUCUGUUUCAUGGAUCCAUUGCUUUUCACUUUUUGAUUUCAGCUUUGACUAAUGCUGUAAUGGUUUUGUGAAGUCUUUCAGCUAUUGCAAGGAAAAGGCCUGUUUACUACGAUCGCAUUUUGUCUGCACUGCUUGCUUUUGAUCCAGAUUCGCAGACCAUAGAAGGAGGUCAUGCUGCUAGUAUUCGAUAUUCAUUGAAGACUGCAUUUGUAGGAUUCUUAAGAUGCACUCAUCAUCCAUCCAUCUCAGAAGUAAAUACCGUAUCAUUGUUUUUUAUUUCCAGUCCAUGUUUUGGAUGCCUCAUAAUAUGCAAUGUUUAAUAUAACCGUGGUCAAUUUUUCUACGGUAGGUGGGUUAAUUCGCACAUGAACUGUCUUUCCUGUAUGUAAUAAAAUGUUUCUUAGGCGCUUCAAUCGUAGUAAUUUGAAUUUCACAAUAUUGCAUAAGUUUUAUGCUUCACUAAGUAUAUGGACUUCCAUAUAUUGUUCAACACAAAAUAUUCUACGGAAAUUUCACAAUAUUCUACGCAAGACAAUGUGAUCAUAUGCUUUGCUUAAUGCCAGCUUUAGAAGUCCCUUUCCUGCACUAGAAGACCGUUAAUUUUGUGUUGAACAAUAUAUGGACUUCCGUAGAAACAUUUAUGGUGAACUAAACAGAUCUUUUUAGUUCUCAUGUUGAUGAAGGCAAACAUUGUCCUUGCCACCCCUUAGAUUUUGGUCCUUACUACGAGUUUUCUGGUCUGUAUCUUUUCGAUAAUAUUAGUCCACACUCCUUUAUUUCUUGGUUUCAAUAUGGAAUAUGGAAAUUCAGUUUUGGCUUUAUGUGCAAGCAUCACAAAGAAAGGCUUAAUGUUUUCUUAAUUUUUAUUUUUGAGUCAUACAUAAAAUGAGUCUAAUUGGUGAGAUAGCGAUGAAUUGCUUUAGAAACAACCCUCUCUUGGCAGGAAAGUGGACUACUAUGUUAAAUUGGAAGAUUAACAAUAAAAUGUAGUUUAAACUACGAUUCAUGCUAAAUCAUUUGCAUAUAUGCAUCCAUUGGAGAUACUAGACUUGGGACAUCAGUAAAACAUUGUAAUUGAAAAACGGAGCUGCUAAGAGUUCAUCCAUUCAUUGUUUGUGGUUCCCAAACUCAUCCGGAUACUCUUUCUGAUUGGGUUUUGGAGCUUUCUUAUUUUCUCGUUCAAGAUUUGUAUGAAAGUAGAAUAUGUUAUCGGGUGCCAACAAUGUAACAAUGGGAAAUAGACUUGGCAGAUCAACAAUGAACAACAGUUGUUCUGUGUAAUCUUUAAAUUCUGUCUGGUACUGCAUACAAAAAGAGUAGACCGGGGCAGAACGGUAUACUCGUAGUAAAAUAUUUUUGUUCACUUCAUAAUAUUAUAGUACCUACUAAUGAUCCCUUCUUAGUUGAUUAACAAAGUAUGUUAUUCUUUUAUUGAAACGUGUCAUUUUGACAUUUCAAAUAUAUCGAUGGGAAGGGCUUGUCCUCCUAAAUACUAGCAUAUUCGGUUUUAAAUAUUGUGUUUUUUUUUCCGCCAGGGAUUAGGACCACAAUAUCAUUGGCAAAACUGACGUACAGAUGUGUAAACCAGAAGCUCUCAAAAAGACUCCAUUUAUCAUAAUUGUCCUACAUAAAUGCGGCGUAUAACCAAAAUAAAGAAUCUAACAACUCUUCCAAUCGUACCUACUUCAUCUUGACAUAAGCUCACAUGCAAGCCGGGGAAGAUGUAUUCUGUCCUUUCUAAAACUGUGCUUGUUUCUCUUCUCUGUCUAGAUACCCAAAUAACUGUGCACGAAACUACUGUGAAUUUGAUUCAUAAGAUUUUGAACUAUCUCUGGUGGCAAUUAUAUCUGGAUAAUUGUUACUAAGCUGGAAUGAAAUAAUUAUUCGGAUUGGUUACAAUAUUUGUCGGAUUUUUUUUUCAUAUGGAGUAAAAAAAAUUCUGAGGUAAAUACAGUGAUCUACUAGUUAUCUAUGGCUAAUAGUGGUGUUCAAGUCUUAACUCCAUAUUUUCUUGGCUAGUGUGAAAUGUAUGAUUAACAUGCUGUGGGAGCCUAACAUAACUAAUCGUUAUUCUAUGUUAGUCACGAGAAAAGUUAAUUCGAGCUCUGAGAUCGUUGAAUCCAGGAGAAGCAACUGAACAUAUUAUUCGGCAAAUUGACAAAAUGGCAAAGAAUGCAGAGCACAUAUCUCGAGAUGCACGGCUCUCUAAGGUGCUUUCUCUAUACCAUUUAUAGUCUUAUGCUUUAGCAGGUAAAUUAUUUAAAUUUAUCAACAAAGUAUUUUUUUAUGAUGACAGGAUGAUAGAACAUCUGGUCAGCCACUUGUCCCUGGUGAUACCAUUUCAAAGAGGUCUAUGAUGCUGGCCAAUGAUGGUAUCCCAUUUCCUGAUGAUGUGCUUGCGAAAAGAGCACGUCAUGGUGUGACUGUGAGCUCUGCUGCUUCUGUUCCGUUGGCUAAGGAUUUGGCGCGAGAUGUUGAUGAUGGCAGUGUAGAUGCAGCAAAUGGGUUUUCAUCAAAGUUAUCUUUGCUGGAUAGUGAUUUGACCCCUGCUGAACAAAUGAUUGUGAUGGUUGGUGCACUAUUAGCUGAAGGGGAAAGAGGGGCAGAAUCUCUUGAUAUUCUGAUAUCACAAAUGCAGGCAGAUUUGUUAGCAGAUAUGGUAAUUGUUAAUAUGAAAUAUUUACCAAAAACUCCAUCACCGCUAUGUGGCAGAUUGGAAAGAACCUCCUCACCUGAUUCUACCCUUCAAACAGUUCCAUCAUUGGCUGCUACAGCUACUGUUGACACUUCUGAUAUGUCUUCACAAAUUUUGUCAUCCCCUACCAGUGGGUUUAAUUUAAGUACAUCAACACCUGAUACGCCUCCAGCGCCUAACACUGUGGCUGAGGCUAAGCGUGACCCACGAAGAGUAAUAACCUAUACUUUAUCAGAAUAUGUGGCUAGAAUUUUUCGAUUUUCAGUUCUAAAAACUGUGUAAUAGUCAAGUUUUAUUGCUGACUUUUUUAGGAUCCGCGCCGCCUUGAUCCGCGUCGAUCAACUGCUACUGUUGGAGCACAGCCGGUUGGCUCAAACAUGGAGACCGACUCUGAUGUCCAACCUGGGCUUGAUGGUUUAACAGGUAGAGCUAUGCCAAGUCCUGUCGCCAUGAAGACUGAUAGUAGCUUGGUGCCCUUGAUUUCAAAGAGCGAGGUAGCCGUUUCGGAUAUUUCUACGCUGCCAGAUGAUAAAUCGACUUUAGAAGAAAGUCCUGCUAUACUGGAUCAGACUUUGGAGAAGGGGCGGUCUUCAGCUGUUCAAGCCAUUUCAGAUGUACCUGGGUCUCCCAUUCAUGUUGAGCCAGAAUUGGAAACGUUGACCCCAUCAGAAACAACUGGAAAUGAUAGUGUAGAUGUUUCCAUGUUAGAACCUGAUCAUUCUUCCACUGUUUCUAGUGCACUAGUCUCCGAAGAACCUGCUCAUGAAUUGCCCUCGCCUCCACUUUUUAUUGAUUUGACUGAUGAGCAGAGAAAAUCAUUGAGUGCAUUAGCAGUUGCACGUAUUACUGAAUCCUACAAGGUAACCCGAGCUACAGGCUAUACUCAUGAACGCCUGUGUUUACUUGCUCGCUUAGUUUCACAGGUAGAGGCUUUCUCUCUCAUAUCAUCUGUGUGGAUCUGUAUUCGUGUGAAAAGUUUUACCGGGGAGUUUGGCAUAGUUCGUGAAUCUAAUGUAGGAGAAUAGACCUAAAAAUCCUUCCAUUGCUUGGAACCUUUUCUUAUAUUUCUGUCCUAGUUUUGGCCGCCCAAUCUACAUAAUUGUCAUAUGAUUCGUCUAGAUUUUAUUUGUUUCCCUUGCCUCUGUGUACGCUUUCUGUUCCUGUUACCAUAUUAACACAAUCUUUAUCACGCUGCCUUACAACAUUUGACCUAGAAGAUUGCAAGGCAAGUUUCAUUGAAAACAGCGUACAGCUUAGGGCCGCUCAUCGUUGAAAAUGCACCCAUUCAAAUCUAGAGGGAAACUCGCGAAUUUAAAAAAAUGCUCAGCGUUUUAUAGCAUACAAAUGGAUGAUUUUAAUCAGUGUUGGUCGCUGAAAUUUCUCUGAUGUUAGCAACAACCACCCAGUGUUAGUGUUAUCAUGGCUCUUAUGAUAAAUGCCUGGAUACGGUUUUAUAUGUUGGACAUUUCCUCAUAUUUCUCUUCACAAUACUGUCCGUAGAGCUGCAGGUAAUACGACCUGUUCCCACUGAUUCUCUGUUUUGUGGUACUUGUGUUCACUCCGUAGGUAAACAAAAUCUUACUCAUCAAUAUCGUCUUCCUUCAAUCUCUAAAGGCCUCAUUAUUUGGAUGAUUGUGCUUGUGACAAAGAAUUGCUCACUGUGUUUAUAAGUCCCUCAGAAAAAAACUACCAUCGUUCCCCUUAAUUCUGAAUAAAUUAACUCGUUCUCCUCUAGGAACUCUUCUAAUGACUUGUAAGUAUGGCCUGUUAGUUUAAGUCUGCAGUCUUUAUGAGCCAAUUUGAUCCCUUGAUUAAAGUAGAUUUCAUUAUUUAAGUGCUUUUUGCAGAUAUCUGCUAGCAUCUAAACAUUAUAAAAUAUACGUAGUGAUGUUUCGAACUUCGUUGAUAAUGAACUUUGCAUCUUUAGCUAUUUCUACUAUGGAUAAUCUCAUGGAUGGAAUGGAUUGUUUGUUUAUGACAGAAAUUACAGGCUCUUAUUUCCCAGGAAAAUUCACGUCCAUGAUAUCCGUGAAGAGUUGAUAAUUUAGUAGGAUGGUCUAUUUAGGUAGAACAUGAGAGGAUGGGUUUACACUCAUUUCUAUGAUAUUCAAUGGAAACAAUCGCGAACUGUUCAGAGUUAUUCCAGAUUGAAAAACUAUUGAGCAGAAUAUGCAUUUGUGCUUCCAUGGACUUUUUUUCAAAGGGUGAAGUAUGAAUAACAUGGAAUUACAUAAAGGAAAUUAAUGAUGUAUAUUGCAUAUUGUGGUUAUUAUGAGGACGAAUCUUUCUUUCGAACAUUGUCAGUACCAUCAUACACAAAUGAAAAGCUAAUCCGGGUUAAAAAAUGAGAAAAUAGGCUUACACCCCAUUCAUAUUAUCUUCAAUGGGGAUAAUUUGUAAACUUUUUGGAGUUACUCUUAAUUUGAAAAUCUAUUUGAGUAGAAUAAGUGUCAAUGCUUCCAUGCAACUUAGUCAAAGGGUGGAGUAUGGAAAUGUGGAAUUAUAUGUAGCAAAAUAGUGAUGGAUGCGACAUAUUAUGGUUUUCUGAAGGACGAUACUUUCUACCUUCCUAAGAUUGUCAAUGCCAUCUCGUACAAACGACAAACUAAUCCAGGGCUAAUAAUACUUUAAUAGCCUAUUUUUUUUAUUUUUCCAUGUGUUUUAGAAAUGUGGAUCUUGUGUUACCUUUAUGAAAAUUUAUUUAUCUUUUCUCUUCACAAUUAAUUAACAGGUUGAUGCCAGUGGUGAUAUCAUUGAUAUGUUGGAGAAGUAUAUUGUUAAAGAUUAUCAUCAUCAGAAGGUAUGUUGUAUUGGUUCGGGAAUUUAUUUUUCAUUUGAUUUCUUUUUUUCAGUUAAAUCAUCAACCAUAUUAUUGAGGUUUCUCUUCAGAGCAGUUGUAUUUAAAUUUUGGAAGAGUUAUUAUUCGCUCAUGAGGUUUCCCAUUUCCUGCAUUAUGUUUAUUAUAAUCAUUGCCACCACCAAAUCAUGAUGGAAUGGGAAUGAGGAUGUAAUUUUGUUUUUUGUUCUGAUCGUCUAUAUUAUACGCUUUACAUCUAACAUGGGAAUAUUUAUUGUUUUUCUUCUCUCCCUCCGUAAGAAACUUUAGGUCCUCGUUGAGUAUAGCCUAGUGCAGGCCAGGCCUUCAAUCAUUUGAUCUUGUGGAGUCAGAAACCUCCACUAACUCUGAUUUGACACUGGCGAUUCCAGUUUAAUUGCAGACUUGGUCGAUUCUAGAAAGGGGAUGACUAUGCUACGAUCUUUGUGAAAACAAGGCUAUAUUUUUGGGCCGUUGAGGAUAUUCUAGUUUACAAUGAAGCUAAUUAGGAUGACUAGACUGCCUCCGAUGCGCUCAUUUGAAUCCUGUUGCCUUUGCCUGGAGUAUAUCAUCCUGGUGGUUAAAGAUAUGAGUGGCUAUGGACGUUGGGUAUUGAGAAAGGCCACUUUCUUGACUAUGAAGUCUGAUGUGGGUAUUGUCUUUUCUGUUUGGGCCACACUAUAUAUAUGUGAACUGUUAGCAGUUUGUUGGCAGUAAAAAAAUAUGUUUUUGUAAUGGGUUUCCAGGUCAGGAUGCUUUUUAGAUUUGGGCUUAAGAGAGGUGGCUAUUAUGAACGUAGUCCUGCAGGUAGUAGAUAUGUGAGUGGAACCAUUAUGUUUAUUUGCAGCAAUUGGUGGACGUUGUCCUCAUUACAUGUGGUGGCUUUUAACAUAGGAUAAGUCACAACUAUAGAACGUUAAAGAAGAUUACUGACUGGCAUUAAUUCACAAGUUAACCCAGUAACUUCCUGGUAACAGGUGUGGAUUAGAGUCUACUUUGUCACAGUAUCAUUGGGUAUUUGAUUGUAGGAUUACAUACCUUGUUUUGGCGGCUUUUACAUGUCAAACUUCUACCAUAUUCUCUUAAAUACGUGGUUGUCUCAGAGAAACGAUACGGUUUGGCUCUAUUAUGCUGCAGACGGAAGAAUGAUGCCCAAGGAACAUUUUCAGAACUAGCUCUGGUGUAAACGGGUUUUUUUUAUUCAUGUUGCAAACUUGCUGUUUACACCUGAAAUUUAUGUGAGUAAAAAAAUGAUCUAAACGACUAUCUCAUUCAUUUAUCGCUCCCUAGAAAUUUCCAGAGGCUCACAUAUUGCUCUUGCACCUUGGGUUGCCAACAUGAAUGACUCAGGUUGCUUAAAUCAUCGAGUCCCCGUGUUCGAAAGAACAGAAUGGUGUGUGGAUGGAGAAAAUAAAAGAUGAUUACAUGGAAGUUUUUUGACAGGAUGGUGAGAAGUGAGGGUGACGAACUUGUUUUAUAGACAUAGAGACUGACAAAGUUUGUGAAAGGGACAUUUUGGAUUUAUUUGCUUGAUUAUUAUGAGUCGAUAUAUUCUUCAGAGAAAGGGGUGAUGGUCAGUAGGGAGGUGGAGAAUGAGAACAAAUACAUUUGAACUGGAGGGAAGUUGCAUAGUAAAAAAAGUACCAAUUUUAUACUUUGGUAUGUCUGUACUAAGAUAAUAAGGCAUAGAUUAAUCAGAAACAAUUCAUUUGAUGGUUAUCCACUGUUCUGACUAUUUUUUCUUGUUCUCAGAGUCUGAAUUUUUUUAAAGUUUUCCACUUUUUUUUAUCCCUGAAAAUUUCAUGAUAGCUCUGAUAUCCCUUUUGUAACGUCCAUUUCAGUUUGUGGCUCUUAUCUUCUCUUAAAGUAUUUUUUUUGUAUUUCUAAAAAAGCUCUUGCAGACUUUCGAGGUUUUUACUUCUCUAUUUAGUGAACGUGUUUAGAAAGCAUAGAUUAUUAGUUGUUUGUCAUACACGCAAAUCUUUGAAUGCUUAUUAUUUCAGGGUCAUGAGCUAGCAAUGUACAUCCUGUAUCAUUUGCACUCAGUCAUUGUUUCUGACACAAAGGAACAGUGUGACUCUUCUGCUACUGGUAUCUAUGAAAAGUUUCUGCUUGGUGUAGUAAGUAUUUUUCAAGCCAGUCCUUUCCAUGCCGCUUUCUUUCGUCCCAGAAGAUAAACAUUUCCAUACCAUUACUUCCAGGCAAAGUUCUUGUGCAACAUCUUACCUGCUUCCGACAAAUCAUUUAGUAGACUUCUUAAUGAAGCUCCACUUUUGCCGGAUUCUAUCAUGAAAUUAUUGGAAGACCUUUGCCGUACCCUGGGACAUGAUCACCAAGGGAAAGAUACCCGAGAAGGGGACCGUAUUACACAGGGUCUUGGUGCUGUAUGGAGCUUGAUUUUAAUGCGACCGCACACUCGACAAACUUGUUUGAACAUUGCUUUGAAGGUAUUCUGAAUUGUCUGGUAUUUGGGUUGUAUGGUAAUAAUUUUUAGUUUUACAGCUAUCUUUUGAAGAGAUUGAUAUAUUUGUGUAAGAUUUGUGGUCGUUGGCUGCUGAAUGAAGUAGUUAUUAAUGAGUCAAUUUGACAACUAAUCUGCCUGUAUGUUGAGUGAUUGACUGGGGGGGGUAAUGAGGUUGAUCUUUGUCAUUGCAUUUUCGAAUGGAUUUGGAUUCUUGUUUGUCACUUCAUUCAUGAUCUCGAUGAAGUUGAAAGUUAUGUUGGGUUAUUUAUUGAUUCUUUAAUGUAUACUAAUAUAUUUUUCUGAAUGAAUACCAUAGCCACACCUAUUGUGAUAUAUGUAUGCAAUUUACUUGAAGAUGGAUGGUUCCUUGAAACCAUUUAAGCAUUGAAAAUAAAUAAAGGAAUAUCCAAGUAUGUGUGUAAGUAUGUGAAAGGAUUUCUAUAUGGGGGCAAUAGUCCACACGACCCAUGUUUUCCGAAGUUGUAGAGUCACCACAUUUUUUAUUCUGUUCUCGGAUGGUGGCAGUGGAUGACAUACGUAUGAUACAUGCUACCGUUAGUUGACUCUUCAAGUAAAUGCCACUCUCAUCGACCAUUUACUGCAUCCAGUGAAUAAUCAAUAGCUUGUACUUUAAAUCAAUUUCAAACCCUGUUGCUGCGAAUUGAAUAGAAUAGUUGGCACAAGAUUGUCAGUAGGAUUCUAAACUGAGUCAUCUCCUUUGAAUUCGGCACCAAGUGCUAAAACAGUGGGAAGAAAUAUGCUGAUUAAAAUGUCUAUCUGUUGGUCAGGUAUGGAUUCCGGUUGGGUGCAUUUAGGUGUCUACUGAGUAAAGGAACAACUUGAAUGAAUGCCUGUACGUGGACGUGACAGAUUUUUUCGUGUGACUGUGAAGUGAAUAAGUAAUCUAGAUCUAGCCUACAGUUGGUUUGGUAUUAAUCGUCAAAUCUCUGACUGAGUAUUUCAUUCAACGGAAAGGAAUUGUUUACAUGUCAGUUCUUCCUCUGCCUCCAUGUUCCUAAAAAAAUUCAGACUUCAUUAAAAAUUGUGAAGUGAGAUAUUGAGUGACGUUUCUAUGUGAUGGAACAGCGCCAUGCACAUGUGGAGAUGAUAAAUUGGUGAUCUCUCUUUGGUUUUCUUGGGAUUUUGUUUUUACCUCCAUGGGCCGUAAUAUUUGUGUUAGAAAUGGAAAUACACUCGUCUUGUUUUGGGAAAGGUGAGAAGUUGAUGGAUAUUUUGAUCUUGAAAUUGGUGAUCUCUCUUUGGUUUCAGUGUGCUGUCGAUUCUCAGGAUGAAGUACGUGGGAAGGCUAUUCGACUGGUACUGUUCCUUGAAUUUUUAAACUUCUCGUAACCUUGCCUUGAAGAAUUAGUUCAUUUUUACUAUUUUUCUUACUAGUCUUACCACCCAGGUUGCAAACAAACUUCAUCCGCUCAGCUUUGUGACAGAAAGCAUAGAGCAAUUUGCCAAAAAUACAAUUCUGUCACUUGUGGAUCAACGAGUACCAGACAAAGAUCUCACUCUGAGGCCCUCUUCUGAACAAGGAAUGGAGGUAUGAAAAUGUUUCCAUGCACUAGCUUCUGGUUAGCUACUUCUUUACUUAAAUUCAAAUCUAGUGAAGAUUCAGAUUGGAUAAUUUGUCGGAAAAGAUGUGAACUAGAACUGCUUAUUUUUGCUUAAGAAAGCCAAAAACAUCUUCUAAGCGACUGCCAAAAUGUAUCAAAAUAGUUAGUGUCAAAUUUACAUAGUUUAAACUCGUCAAAGGGGGUGAUACUGAUUGAUUAUUUUUUUCACGUUCGUAAAACCGGAUAUUCAUUAAAAUAAAGAAAAGAAGGCAACUGGAUAUGUAUACUCAUUGUGUUCUAAAUGUCAAGUUCUCUGUGUACCAGCUCCCCAAUUUUCUCUAAAAUGUUGAAGGCUGUAUGAUGCAUCCAGACCUGCUAAAUUGGAAGUUUGCAUUUCCCUCCUCUUACGAGAGCUCUUGGCGCAAGUCUAUAUCCCUUGAUAAGCAACUCUAGUUCUCACCCUCCCUAACAACUCUUCUUCUUCCAUGUUUCAUGUGAAUGCUGCUCACGUUCACACAAAUGAGGAAACAUCCUUUGUGGUUGCACAAAUGGCGAAAUGUAAACAGAACAUACUUUGUGUUGCAUAAGACACUUGGGUGAAUGCUCAGCAAAUAGGAGUUAGCAUAAAAAUCUUCAGCAAUAUUUAAUAGGGAUCAACUAUUUGAUAAAUACAUAAUAAAAUACCGUUUAUUCUUGAAAACUUGUGCAUGAAAUAAAUCAGGAAGACAGAGUUCGAUUUAAGUGGCUAUUAUUCAAGUAGUGUACAACCAUCCCCAACUGACAAUAACGUAUAUUGAUUCACUCUAUCCAUGGAACCCUUUUUCAGCUCUCAAUUUCCAUACGUUUCAACACAUCUUAGUAAGGUUGCAGAUGUAAAUGUCAAAAUCUUAAUUCCUUUAACGGUAUCCUUUUCUUUUCAGGUUAAUAUCAUACCAUUUUCCUUGUGUUGCUUUUAGGCCUCUAAUGACAGCAUUUAUUGUCCUGAACUGGGAUCAGUAAUAGGUGGAUAAGCUUGACAUAAUAACCAGGAUGAUUGUACCUAUCCUUUAGAUGAUGGCAUCCAGUUUUCAAUCUUAAUAUAAGGGAGGAUUUCAUGAUCUCCCAAGAUGAUGCAGCUUUCAACUCCAUCAUGAUAUUGUAUUGUCAAGCAUUUGUUUGAUUUUUCACCAAUCUCUUCAAUUUAAUAUAUCCUUUGUAGAUGACAUCACAUAUAGGAGAGUAAAGUCCACUACCAAAUGCCCUAAAUUCAUAGCAAUUGUCAUAUCCUCUUUCUACAUUCACUUUUGUAAUCAAUAUUUUUUCAUGGUAACAUCACGUGAUAUUGGCUUGAUUGGAAGUCGCAGUUGAUACUCCUCGUGUUUCACAAAUCCCAUCAGAACUGGCGCAUGGUAUCUUACUUUAUCAAGAGGCAAAAUUGUCUUCAGCUCCUUAGAUCUCCUAAUUGUUUAUUCCGUGAUUCGCUUCUUUUUUUCUCCUUAAUUGAUUUCUGUAAGUCUCUUUCCUUAUUUCUCUGUGGACAGUUGCUUUGAUAAUGUAAGUAUUGUCACUGAGGUUCUCUUCCAGAAGAUAUUGUCACUGAGGUUCCUUAAUUGAUCCCUUAUUCUUGGUGUAAUACAAUAUCCAGAAGAUAUUGUAUUUGUCACGUGUAUUGGCACUUGUACUCGGGAUAAUGAUUUGUAUUUGUCAUGUGUAUGGGCAUAGUCUUAAGUAUUUAUUCUCUCUUUGAAGAGCAGAAUCAUCCGGAUAACUUUGUGUACCAUUGAGUAGCUAUAAUGAAUUUAAGUUUCUGCGAUCGAUUAUGAUAAAUUUCAAUCAUAAAUUUUUAGACACUAUGAUUUUUAUGUUUCAGUAAUGAUCCUUUUAAUUUUAUUUUUCUUUUGGUAGAAGAAACCUAUCAAAUCCACUGCAAGUUUGGUGAUAAAAAAGAGUUUCUAGGAUGAGAAUAUUUGGUCUAUAUUUCUCCUGGUUUUGAUUAAUGUUUAUUGUUUUUGUUUUAUUCUUUGAAGGUUGAAAGUCAGGAAUCAUCUAUUAAUGAUUCUCGGAUGUUAGACUCUGGUCCCGUAGAAGGUGAAAAUAGUAGAAAUGCACAACUUACCUCUCCGACUACUCCGGCCGUGUCCUUAACUCAAGCUCAGAAAUACUCUUCAUUGUUCUUUGCUUUAUGUAUCAAGGUCUGGCAUGAUCAUUGCGGUUUAGUCUCGUUCUUCCAAAUUCACAUCUUUCUGAGAUCUUAUACUCUGAUGGUGUGGGUGGGUGCUUUUUGCAGAAACCACAACUCCUUCAACUUGUGUUUGACGUUUAUGGAAGGGCUCCAAAAGUUGUCAAGCAGGUAUUGUCUAAAUUUUGCUUAUGAAACUUUUUUUUUUAAUCUCACAUGUACCUGUAAAUGCAAUUGACAUUUGUUGAAAUCUUGCAGUCUAUACAUUGGCAUGUUUCUGACCUUGCCCGGAAGCUAGGGCCCUCUUGCCCUGAACUGCUGCAUAUAAUCUCUGUUUUUCCGGAUGGAAGUGAAAAUCUCAUGGCGCUGGUAAGUUUCUAGGUGUUAAUUAUUUGUUGUCCUCUGAAAUCUCUGUCAUUGAUACAAUCAUUGUGCUAUUUUCUCCUUCAAGGUACUGCAAGUUCUGACGGAGGAGAUGACUCCUUCUGCUGAUUUGAUUACCACGGUCAAACAAUUGCAUCAGAGUAAAUUAAAGGUUAUGAGCUUGACUAUCUUUCUGGGUUGAGUUUCAUUGGGUCCUUAAGCAAAACUCAUGCUUUGAUUCCUUUCAGGAUGCUGCGAUUCUUAUUCCAAUACUAUCAUCACUCUCAAAAGAUGAGGUUAGAUUUGUGUUCCUUCAAUUUAAAUUAUGCUCUUAAUUAUCCAUCUGCUUGAUUUUAAUAAACUUUUAGGUUCUAUUGCCUAAUAAGACAAAUUUCUAGUAUGCUGUCAUCUAUGUUAAAUCUGUGUUCUGCCUCCAAAAAUAGUGAUUUUAUGUGCCAUAUGUUGAACAUAAUUUUCUUAAUUUCUUUGAAUCUCCGUUUCUGCUUGUACAGAUGGUAUUCCAAAUGUUUAUCCAUGAUUAGACAUUUUUUUCAAUUUCAUGCAAUGAAUAACAUGAGAUAGUAUUGAGAAUGUUCAAUGCUAGUUUAUUGAUAGUAUGAGGAUGGUAUUUUGGAUAUAUCGCAUGCGAUGGGUAGAGUGCUGUUUACGGAAGUAAAUUGUCUUGUCCAUGGCUAUCCUUGUUUGUAAUUAAAGCAUUGUUUCAACAAAAGGAUCUUCUGUGUGCAAAAGUUCAAAAGCUUAAGAGGCAUGAAUUUUUUUCCGGAAAUGCCUCUGGAAUAUUUAAACCUAGGACGCCCCCCCCUGGACUGUGAUUUGACUAGACCGGUACCUUAGGAGCAUAUGAUUUCCAGUAUCAUCCUCUAUCAGAAUAUAAUUGCAUAACAGGUCCAUGUGGUUGUCCUUUUUUUCUCUAGGUUUAGUCGCUUGCUUAUCUUAGGGAUUAGUUGAGUUGCGAUUUUGAUUUUAACUGGCUCAUCCUUGUAGACUUGCUUUUGGGAUUCGUCAUUCUAAAUGAUUCGUGAUCUGCAUCUUUGAACAGUAGGUGCACUGAGGAUUGGCCAGUAAGUUGAGAGGUGUAUAAAAGAAAGAUCAGAAGUUGCGCUCCUUACUUAAAUAUUUCUUUCCUAAGUCAAACCUAAUAUUUUGGGUAACCAGAGGAGUAAAGUAAUAUGCAUUUUUUGGGUUAAAACUGACUGAACUUGAAUGCCUUGAUUGCACAGACUUUGUAAAUUGAAAUAUUUAUCUGAAGAUAAGCGUAGAUCUCAUGGUCUACUUUGCCUCAAUGUUUACCUUCAGAGGUGGAAUUUAUGUCCAGAUUGAAUAACGGUUGAAAUAGUGAUGAUCAGAUCUAGUUGUUUUAGAUAAUCUGGUUAUCUGUGGUCUCUGAAAGAUAGGACCAGAAUACUGUGCGAAUUGUGUAUUUUUCUUGUGUUAUAACUCUCCCGUCUUUGUAAAUUCAUUGCUUUCUUUCUAUAGGAAGGGAGAAAUGAUGCCAAAAAAUAAGACUUUGAACGUUUUUGGAAGGAGUAUUGUAUUGUUCUUUUUGCUAAAAUUUCUUGUUUGUUUCGGUAGGUCAUGGGGGAGCUGCAUAUUUUAGGUCACGUACAGUGGUUCGGAUGGGAAGAUUUUCAGUUUCGUAUGGAAUAAGAUUAGGUUGUAAAAAUAAAGAGGUGGGAUGAAUAAUUUCUUCAGCCAUUUUGGUGAGGGGACUGUACUCAUGGAGACAGGGGACUAUGACGUCAUUUUACAAAAGUAUACUGCUUUGUACAUUUGGGGUUCUUUUGGGACAACUGUACAUUUCGCCGUGGCUUUUAUUAAUGGACAGUGGUGGGUGGAGAAGGGCAUAGUUUUUUUUAAAAAAUUGUUUCUUAAUGACUUCAAGUGGCUUAUGUUUCAUUUUUCUUCAUUCAUCUUCUAGGCUGAAGAGUAGGCACCAUGAAUAAGUUCUGAGGAUCCAUCUAUUCUGUUGAUGUAAUUGUUGAAUACAAUUAUCUGUGUGGUUACUUGCCAAGAACUUAGUCGGACGACCUUGAUAUUGGAUUGAUAUCUAGGCUAUAAACUGCAUAAUACCCGUAGCAUUGUUGGAUGACCGAUGAUUUCGCAAGUCUGUGAUAUCAUUGCGGUAUUGAAAUGAAACAGAGUCAUGUGCUCUGUUCGUCACGCAUAUUAACAUCCAAUAGGGAUUUAUUUGAUGGUUAUGAAAAUGACAUGCAUGUUAUGCGAACUGAUAGUCUUGCUGAUAUAUUCUCAAAUUGCAAAUGUAGUCUUAAUUUUUUUACAAUAAUAAAUGUCCGGCUUUGACUGGUUUUAUGCAUUUUAUUUGUGUUUCUAGGAAUAUAUGUUUCCAGUAUACAUUUGUGUUUCUAGAAUUCCCUGUAGGGGGUUCGUCACCCAACCCUGAUCAUACAGUUCCAGUCUAGUACAACCUGUCUGGGUACCUAUAUCUACGUUAUAAUAUGAAGAUAUCUUUGACCAAUCUGAUUGCUUUAUAAUAGUACGAAGAUAACGCGCGACAUAUUUUAAAAUUUAUAGCUUUCUGAAUAUUUUGUGCCAGGUUUUGCCAAUAUUCCCUCGACUUGUUGAUCUUCCAACAGAGAAGUUCCAGACAGCCCUUGCUCGCAUAUUACAGGUAUUACUGGAGAAGGAGAUCAUUAUUCUGAUCUAUAUUCCUUCCUUAACUUUGGAAAUGAACUGUUAUCUUGGUAGAUCCAAUAGUAUGGUCAACUAUAGGCCAAUAGCCGUCCGCGUGAUUAUACUAUGCAGAACUUUUUUUUUUCCGCUUCUAACUAAUACCAUCUUUCGAUGAUAUUUCUUCACAAGAUCAAAUGGUUUCGCCACUUAUUUGAUAAUAGUUGCUCACUUGUAGAUACAUGUAGUUGUAUGUUUCCUUUCAAUUUGUCUGUAUGCAUUUUUCUUCAACCUUUUUGGCUAUCAAUGUGGCAUCUCACGCCUUGUCUCUUCUUUUUUUCUUCUGUAUUGUCACCGUGGUGUUUUACAUCUGGCAUUGCCUAUCCUGCUUUGCCUUUAUUUCUCUAAGUGAUAAGACCGAGACUAUGUGGACUCCAUUUAUAUGAUGUGAAUUUAAAACUAAACUGAAACUAUUGUUUCCGUAUCUGGUUAGUCAAGAUUUUUUUUCUCGAUUUGGUGGUUUCUGGCACCAGGGAUCUGCCCAUACCGGUCCAGCAUUGACUCCUGCAGAAGUGCUGGUGGCAAUUCAUGAUAUUAAUCCUGAAAAGGAUGGAGUGCCUCUAAAAAAGGUUAGGGCUAAUUUAUUUUAAUGUCAGUACCAUAUUUUAUUUGUGGCUUGAUUUUGAAUGCAUGUUCAUGGAAUACUGCAGAUAAUGGAUGCUUGCACCACAUGUUUUGAGCAGCGUACAGUUUUUACUCAGCAUGUGUUAGUCAAAGCACUCGAUGAAUUGGUAGGUGCAGGGUACAUAUAUUCAAUCUUGAAUCGUUAGUCUAACAUAAAUUCUGACUGAUGGGUUCACUAGAAAUUGGAGAUAAGUGCCUCUUUUCGGAGAUGGUGAAGAAUGAUUUGGUGGUCAUGAUUGAUUUUUUACUAUGUGACAUUCUAGGUAGAAUUUUGGGACACCAGUAUUCUUGAGAAAUGAUAGUAGAUAGUCUUUUUAUUUUGUGUAGGGAAAGUUUUUCCUUUCUAUUAAUUUCUCGUUUCGACUUGUUGUAUAUUCUUCUUUUCUUGCUCCCAUUAGUUUUUUUGAUCAAUUUUUAAAAAGCGAAAUAUUCUUACUUAUUUACAUUGAUUUUUUUUCAGAUCAAACGAACUCCUUUACCGCUGCUCUUUAUGAGAACUGUCAUUCAAGCUAUCGAUGCUUUUCCUGCUAUGGUAAUGUUUUUUUUCAAAGUGCGUUGAUAUGGAAUACUUCUUUUUGGCUUACAGAAAUUUGUGCAAUAUUUGGAGUAAUAUAUUUUCCAUGUCUAUUUACGUUAUCGUUGUGAUCGUAUCAUACACUACUCAGAAAAAUAGUGCACGACGCGGCAAGUAUAAUUCUGGCAUGUGAAAUGGAAUUAGUAUUUCAUCAUAUAGCCUUGAAUGUGAUUGGCUCCUGUAAGGUGGUAUCCGUGAUUAUUGGAGCGAAAUUUUCAGAACUGCUUGAAGCUAAAGCCCUACGUACUAUCACAGAGCCAUGACUAUAUUUCUUUUCUCCAUCUAAUUCAUUCGAAAUGUCCUCGUUAACUCUAUUUCCACGAUCAUUAAUUAGGGUGAUUGCACGAUUAUGAAACCGUAGGUGCAAUGUUCCUAUGUAAGUCUUGUUCUUCUAUUGUCCUUUUGCCGAUUCAUUCCUAGCCACAGCCUCCGUUGGUGACUGCUAACUUCCUCAAAUAGUGUCAUAGUGUGCCACCAUUCUAACUACCGUUAUGUUGGCUACCAUUCUCCUUCUGUCAAGGCCAUCACAAUGCCAUAUGUUUGUUUACUUUUUCAUUUGUAGGACAUUGAUGUAGGCCUCUGUGAAGGUGUUUGAGGAAAAAAAGAACUAAUUGGGUAUUUGAAAAUCUGUAUCAAACAAAUGCAUGUGAAUCAUCUACUUCCAUUUUUAUUUUUAUUUUCAAUCAUCUGCACAAAUACAUUUAUUACUCCGUACUUCGUGAGCAUUAAGGUGCUUUUCUUUUUUAUCACUGUCUCUCACUGUUUUUUUGACAGUUUCUCUACUAGAAGCAAAGUGGGUGGGUUCUGAAAAAGGAUGUUCUAAUAUACAUGUUUGUUUACUUUUCUGUUUAAAUCAGGUUGAUUUUGUCAUGGAGAUACUUUCGAAACUAGUUACCAUGCAGGUAUGCAUUUAAUCAUACUCUUAGUUAUCUUCUUCUUUUAUUGAUAUCAAUGCUUGUGUUCGAUUAUUAUGUUUGUUUAGUUGAAUUGGUGAUGUUUAGUUACCAUGCAGGUAUGCAUUUACUUCUAUUGGUUGGGUGUUGGAUCAUGCCAUGAAUAUUUUGAAACACAUCUCGUUUACGUAGCAAAAUAGUUAAGAACGAUUUUUUGGAGAAUUGGUUUUGUCAUCGCCCUUGCAUUUCUUCCAGUUUUACCCAUAUCCAUUUACUUAAGAAGUAGAUCUCAUGGCAGUGGAUUAUUGGAAGUAUGUGGUGGAGAUCCCUCGAGUUGUUGUCCCUAGCUGAUGAGAUGGGAGAAUAUGUGGGAUCGAAUGUUAUUUAAUUCCUUUUUUCUCUUCUGUGAUGUGUUACCGGCUGUAAUUGUGAACAAAGUUCAUCUUGUGCUUGAUACAAGAGAUGUUUUAAUGAGCUACAGAGCACUGUACAGAGUACUGUGAACUUCAUGAAAUGCGAAUAUUGAUAUUCGGUGAUUUUUUUAUGUAGAUAUGGAGGAUGCCUAAGCUAUGGCCUGGGUUCCUGAAGUGUGCAUCACAGACACAACCCCACUCUUUCAAUGUGCUACUGAAGGUAUUGCAUUGUCCGUUCAGAUCCUUCAGUGUCUAUAGUUUUGCUUUCUGUGAACAUGCCAUUUAGGGAGUAUUCUCCCUGCAGCUGCCCCCUUCACAGCUUGAGAACGUUUUGCAAAAGCAUCCUAACAUCAGAAGUCUUCUUUCGAGCCAUGCCAGUCAGGGCAAUAUUAGUAGCUCAUUGCCAAGGUAUUUAAAUCGUAUCUCAUUAAUUAUGCGACUAUGUUUGCAUUACUAUUAUCCAAAUCUAGUUCUUUGAGAAGUUCCAUUUAGCAUCGGUGUAGGUAGCGAAUACUAACUGUAAUUGAAAUUAUGUCAUUAGAUGCCUAGAAAGCAUUGAUUCAAAUUAACAACAAAUAAGACCGUAAAUCCAUGUAAAACAAGGUGUAUCGUUGAUGUUGUCGUCACAUUGGUUGUCUCAUUGGUUGCCUGUAUUAUCUCAAAUCCCCUUUAUAGGUAAACGGUUCUGAUGGCUGUAAAAUUUUAUACUUUAGACAAUCGUGAUUCCUGUGGACAGAUCCGUAUGGGAUCUUUAUUUCUAACCUUUCCCAUUAUCGCUAUGUUAUUAAGUGAUAUGUGUGGGUAUUACUGUCAUUUUUAUCCUCUGAUGGGAGUUUACCAAAUACCCUAAUUCAUUGGCAUACUGAGUGAGAGUUUUCCUCAAGAGUAGCCACCUAAAUUCCGUGGAACUAUGUUAUUCUUCGACAUACAUUCUCUCCUCUUCAACUUCUUGUUCAAAGAUAAACCAAACGUGAAAUAUAUGCGGCAGUAUUUGAAAAGAACGUCUGUACCAAAUGUACUUUCUAGGAUAUGAAGGAUUUGAUGGUAAAUUAUCAGCGCAUAGAAGUGUAUAUCAGAUGAAAAAACCAAGAAAAUAGAUACGGUUGAUGUUGAUUUCAACUACAUCACCUUCUGAUGUGUAACGUAGAUAUACUAGUGACGCUAGUUUGAAAGAACCCAUCAUCUAUGUCAUGGAAGUAGACUUUUUUGUAGGGAAGUUUAGUAGCAGACGAUCAUUAAAGCUGAUAUUCAGGUAUCUGUACAAUCAAACAUCAUAGAAGAAUAAUAAAAUGCCCAUGCCUUAUUGAUGGCCACAACGUAUAG